AGGCUUGCCGCGUCUCAACUCCCGGAGCUCUAUAGUUGGGGGAGAGGAUGCAGCCCCUGGAAGAUGGCCCUGGAUGGUGUACCUUGAGACCAUUGAGGGAGAGGCUUGCCGCGUCUCAACUCCCGGAGCUCUAUAGUUGGGGGAGAGGAUGCAGCCCCUGGAAGAUGGCCCUGGAUGGUGUACCUUGAGACCAUUGAGGGAGAGGAUGACAGCUACUGUGGCGGUUCUCUUAUCAACACUGGAUGGGUUCUGACUGCAGCCCACUGCUUAGACAACAUUCGUUUGACAGGAGUGCGGGUGGGCCUGCUGAAGGUUCUAGAGCCCACUGGCUGGCACUACGGCGUGCGUCGAGUCCUUAUCCACCCCGGUUACCUUAACUUUGAAAAACAUGACAUCGCCCUGGUGCAGCUGGACGACUAUGUGGUCAUCUCCGAUCUUGUGAUGCCCGUGGCACUGCCCACCCCUCGGGACGUCUUCAGCACCAGAUCUGAGUGCUGGGUCACCGGAUGGGGCAACGUGGAUGACGACACUUCAUUAGGAGGUAACAAGACCCUGCAGCAGCUGAAGCUCCCCCUAGUGGAUGACGACACCUGCAGGAUGAUGUGGCCCGGUACCAAUGACAACCACCUCUGUGCCGGAUACAUGGAGGGGGGCAAGGGUUCAUGCCUGGGCGAUUCUGGUGGCCCCCUGGUGUGUAAGUCGUCCUCUGGGAAGUUUGUCCAGGUCGGGGUGGUGAGUUUUGUACUAGCACGUGGCUGUACCCAGCGUGGCUACCCUGGGGUGUACACACGUGUGAUCAGUUACACCAAGUUCAUCAAAGACGCCAUCCGCAAAUAUAGCUGAACCACAGCAUCCUCUAGUGGUCAUGCAGGGAGGAGAACUACACCUCCACCUGAUAUUUCUCUGUCCCUCUCUCCUGUUUCUCUUCUGCCUCUACCCUUUUCUAUCUGACCAAUAAAAAUCUU